UGCUGGAGCUCUAGUAUGGACCAACAAAGAAGACUGGAAGAAGAUCCAGUCAUGGAGUGUGAAUUCAACGGGAAUGUUUGCGGUUCACCGUUGAAUGAGCCUGGGCUGAGUGGUCAGGAUGUGCAGGAAAGCACAGAUGAAGAAGAUAAUGGAAUAGAAGAGCCAGUGAAUGGAGAAUAUGUUAUAGAGUCUAAUCUUACAGAAGCUUCUGAAAUCAUGGAGCAGAGUGGAAGCGAAGCAGUGCUUGCAGCUCACAAGUAUCUACAUAAGUUCCGUACAGCCGUUUUUGUCGUCCAAGUUAUCCGCAGUCUCAUAAAAAUGUAUAGGGACUAUGCUGCGUCUAGGUUGGAGCCCAUUUCCUUCAGUGAAUAUGCUGUGUUUGAGACCAAUACGACCAGUCUGCUUUUUGAUCUCUCUCUCUUUAAAGCCAAAAUGGAGAAGACGAUUAGCGCUGAAGCACAAGCCAUCCUCACAAAUCCACCAGAGAAGAGAACAUCAGAAGGAGUCAAAAUGGCAAUGUUUUCUCUAAGGUCGACAGUGGAUGCUUUUGCUAGAUACCCUGUGCACAUACAAGAGAAAAUUGCUAGAACUGGAUGGUACGAGUGUUUCGGCCCUGGGAGAGUGAUCAUCAGGCAAGGUCAUGUUCCCCAGAAUUUCUACCUGAUUCUCUCCGGCACGGCCGUGGUCACCAAGGUGUCUCGGAACAAAGAGACGGGCGAGCAUUUCUCCAACACGGUGGCUUUUCUCAAAAAAGGCAAAUACUUUGGGGAUGUCGCAAUUUUGACAAACGCGAAAAGGAAUGCAACCAUUGUCUGCCAUGAAACAGUUUCCUUACUUGCAAUAUCCCGAGAGGAUUUUCUCGACAUAUUUCAAACCAGUGAAAUUCAAGAAGGACCAGAUUAUUUAAACUUGCUUCAUUCCAUUGAUCUGCUCAAUGGUUGGCCUAUUCAUAAACUUCCUUACAACAAUCCAAGAACCUGUGUCCAUGCAUUCUACAGGUCGGGCACUGUUAUUACAAAGGACUCAAAGGCAUCUUCCAAAAUCUAUGUGAUCAGAACAGGGUCAGUCCGGGUUUUAAAAUCAGUGACUUUGGAAUCAUUAUCUUCAUCAUCUCCGAAAGUCCAUAAAUUAAAUAUUGAAGGCACAGACAACGAAGGAAUUCCAACUGUCACAUCAUUACAGGAAGAAUCUGUUAAGACACCCUCGUUGCACAGAAUCCAGACAACAAAGUCCAACCUCUCUGGGCGUGAAGGCCAUUCCAAGAUCUUCAUCCACAUCCAGACUUUAAGAGCCGGAGAGAUAUUUGGACUGGUGUAUCUGGUUUUUGAGGAUACACUUGGGAUGGCUCUCGUUUCUGAAGGAGCAGAAUGUAUUUCAAUAUCUAAAGAUUUUUUCAAGAAACACAUGGAUCAGGAGUAUUUACAUAAAUUAUCCAGAAGCAUUCAACCAUAUCCUUCCAAAGAGAUAUUGAAGCAGAAGAUCCAAGAAUACAUGAAAUGGAAGAUGUACAAAUCCUGUCUCAUUACUAAGCACUAGGAACCCCCAGGUGGCAACGCAACUCACCCUCUUUUACUACAAGUUUGUGUAUUUUGGUUUAUCGACAUAGCAAAAAAAGGAAAAUGGAGGUUGUUUUUGUAUUCCGUCACUCCACGGAUUGAUCCAUUAUUCAGUUUGCUGCAGAUCUAGAAGAAAAAGUGGCGGUUAUAUUCUCGACAAACCUUAGCGAAUAGAAUGUUAUUUUGUUUUAUAUUGUGUGUAAGUGUGCAGCUGAUUAGAAUAUUGUACAACACGAGUCCUUGGAGUGUCCCGGUGUAGGGGAGCUUGGGCCCUUGACUGGUUGGAAUGGAAUGACAAAUGGCUUAUAAAUAUUAAAAGUGAGCCUUCAUUUACUUUUUCACUGUCUCUCAGCAGGAAACCAAGGUCCUACAAUGAAUCACCUUAUCUUCAUCUGACAAGACAUUUAUUAUCAUAGGGGCAUUACACAUAUUCAUUGUUCCUUCCAUCUUAGUACUUAUAUCUGAUCCAUUGAUCCUAGAAGAUUUAGAAAUAUCCACCCAACCCAACUGACGAGCACCAAAAGCCCUAAUAGUUUGAGAUAUGAAUGCACAGGUAUGGGAUCCUUUAUAUGGAGUUCUGUUAUCCAGAAAGCUUCAAAUUACUGGAAGGCCAUCUCCC